AUGUCGGCAGCACCACCAGGACGAGUGCAGCCCGCAGCUGACUUCAACCCGGCCUCGUACGGCUCGGUGAUUCUGGGCUCGUCUGCCUUUGCCGAACACACCUCGACUCGCAGCGAGUCGCACAAUGACAGUUCGGACGAGCGCGACGACGAGCAUCUCGACGCCAACGACUCGGUCACUUUUAACAGCCAGAGUGGGUUCAGUCAAGGUGGUGGCACAGACGAUCCCUCGUUCACCUACGAGCGCGAUCGCGAUCGCGAUCGCGACGACGCGGGUGCGAGCAUGUUGGGCACGAGCGUGUUGAGCGACUUUGCUUCGAUCUUCCACCCGAACGAGUACGUUGUCGCUCAGCAGAGGCUCGAUGAGCAGGAUCGCAGGAGCGACUUGGAGUCCAACGACGACGAACGCCAGCCCAUACUCUCGUCUUCGUACUAUAGCAUCACCAACAGGAAUUCAACCACCGCCUUUUCGCAUCGUCGUCCGUCAGCCGUCUCGAGUCUACGACCUUCUGUUCACUCGCACUCGCAACUGCACUCGCAUCAACGACCGCAACAGAUCCCCGAGGAAGACGGCCAAGCCUCAGCGUGGUCCAAGCUAUCCACCCAACAAGGCGGCGAUGUGAGUGGCAUCUCGCUGCUGCGUUAUGCGCUCGUCGACCCGUCCACCACUCCAGGCACCAACCUCGGUCUGAUGCUCAUCGCCGUCAGCCAGGUGGCCUACUCGACCAUGAAUCUGUUUGUCAAGCUGCUCGACGAUCGCCAAGGUCAUCAGCCCAACUCUGACCCGAUCGGCGCGUUGGAGAUUGUCGGUGUCGAGUGUCUCAUCAUCUGGAUAGGUUGCAUGCUUGCCAUGUGUCUCGCCAAGACCGAGCACAUUCUGCUGGGCCCGCCGGGAGCUCGGCUGAUGCUGCUUGCACGUGGCAUGUUUGGAUUUGCCUCGACGCUGGCGCUCUACAUUUCGUUGCAUGCCUUGUCUCUCUCGGACGCCACUGUCAUCACCUUCCUCGCGCCGCUCGCUACAGGCUUCUUGGCGCAUGUGGUGCUGCAUGAACCGUUCAGCGUGCGCGAACGCAUGGCUGGCGUGUUGUCGCUCGUCGGAGUGACGCUUAUCGCUCGACCGUCGUUCUUGUUUGGCAACGAUGCAGGCCAAGGCGUACCCGAGGAUGGCGACAUCCAACUGCCGAGUCCGUCCGAUCCGUCGUCGACCACCGAAGCGGCGCGCAUCGUCGGCAUCCUGGUGGCGCUCGCCGGUGUCGUGCUGAUGGCAGCCGCCUGGGUGUGUCUGCGUCGCAUCGGCAAGCGCGCGUCUACCUAUCACUCGAUCGCCUACUUUUCGCUCUGCAGUUGGGUCUCGAGCUUUGUCGCCAUGUGGCUGCUCGACCAACGCUUUGUCCUGCCGUCUUCGACGGUUUCACUGUUGCUAUUGCUCGGCGUGGGCCUGUUCAGCCUGCUUGCGCAGGUCUUUCAGACACUCGGACUGCAGAGGGAAUCCGCGGGUCGCGCUGCCACCAUGUCGUACCUGCAGAUCAUCUUUGCGCUCACCUGGCAGCUGCUUCUGUUCGGUCAGCUCCCGGAUUUCAUCUCGGUCAUCGGCAGUCUCAUCAUCCUAGCCAGUGGCGCAUGGGUGGCGCUAAGCAACCAAGACGGCUCAGUACCCAUGCAUUGA